UAAAGAAAGACAACUUGGUACAUUUCUCCAGGAUACCGGAAUCUACGGAAUGAACAUGGAAAGUCAAGCAUAGCCUUAAUCGACACAAACUUGUCAAGCAAACUAUGAUGUGUUUCUGGAUGCGAAAUAUUCCAGCGUGCUAACUCAGGCUGACAGACAUGAUGAAAAAGCCAGCAAUGCAGAAGAGCAAGCAGUGGAAUAUUAAAGGAGCCGUACACCUGGCAGGCAUCUUUCACUUCCUCCAUUCCUGUGGCUCUGGUUGUCUUGUUCCGUUCCUCACCCUCUACUUCCGGCAUCUGGGACUCACCGCCACCAUGACUGGAAUCAUCAUGGCCUCUAAGCAUCUUCUCGCCCUGGUGUGGAGACCAAUCUCCAGUGUCCUCGCUAGGCAAUAUGACAAACGGCGGACAGUCAUAGUGGGCUCGUUGCUCAGUUCCGCAUUGGUGGUUCUGUUGCUUUUGCUCUUUCCCUCCGCUGGAAUCAAAGCUGAAAGUGGCCGAUGCAAUACUAGUCAGCCCAGUGCUGACCCUACGGAUGGAAGUGACUUCACCACCCUAGAGAGCAUUAACAUACCAUCACAGUCUAAUGCUAACGUCUAUUCGGUAAACCAUAAAACUAUCAUCACAGAACAACCGGAUGAAUUGAGCUCCACAUAUACACCCACACUUGUAAACUCCAGCUCCAAUUGGUCAAUAAGAGCGAUUCGAUCUUUAAGGAACCUUGAGGAGCAACAAGAAGAAGCUCCACACACUGAGUUUCUUGGGAGCCUCAAAGUGAUGGAUGCACAGCAACAGAUGUUCUUUCUAGUUCUCUUUGUGAUUGUAUUGUGGGAAUUCAUGGCUGCCCCAUUAGAGUGGACGGCGGAUGAUGGACUAUAUGAAUACUUAGAUUUUGUAGAUGCUACAGGCCGCCAUAAAGGUGUUAAAGUUUGGAAACAACUUGGGGCAGCUGUUGGUACUGGCAUGGUUGGUAUUCUUGUAACCAAACUGUAUUGUCGUACCGGCACUGUGACUGAGUUCUAUUCAUACACUGCCCUCAUGAUCCUAACUGCACCUACAGCCGCCCUAUUCCCACUGUACCUCCGCAAGCGUGAGCGCGCCACUAGUGGCGGCUUUAAAGCAUUACAACUGGUAUAUGGUAACUCGCAAGCACUACUUUGUGCCAUCACUGUCGUCCUGACUGGCAUGGCGACCUCAGCUGUGUCGGACUUCCUGCUGUGGCAAAUGCAGGACCACAAUGCCAUGGAAAUCCACAUGGGCAUCUCCUUAGCCUUGGCGUACUUAAGUCAAGCUGGCUUUGCCCCACUCGCAGGACGUCUCGCUCGAUUUCUGAAGUACCAUGGGUGGUUAAUGGUGUUAGCUGUCAUCAGUUUAUCACUGCAAUGCCUUUAUUAUUCUUUUCUAUGGGGCCCAUGGGCUGUAGUACCCGCUCAAAUGCUCGCUGGCUUCAGCACUGGCGCCCUUUGGUGGUCCGUAACAUCGCAAUGUGAGGAUAUUGCCACUCCUGGGACAGAAGUGACACUGAUAAGGCUGUUUGAAGCCCUAUCUCUGGAGCUGGGAGCUGGGUUGGGCAGUCUGAUGGUGGGAUUUGUGGUGCAGAAGUUUGGCCUAAAGAUUCUUUUCCAAGGCAUAUCAGUUAUUCUUGCGUUGUGGAGUAUUGCUUUAGCUGUACUCAAGUGGAAGAUUCCAAGGCAGCGCAGGAUAAACUAUUCUCGCCUGCUGGCCGCUGACACCAGUGAAGUAAGUGAGUCCGAAUCAGAUCAGGAGAAAGACUGGCUGGAGACGGCUAUGGAAGAUGCUAGACAGGGUAAUAAGUGGAAAAUGGACAAGUUUUAAUCAACAUAAGGAAAGUAAUCAAUGGACUUGCUUCCCUUAGGAAUUUGUUGAAGAAUACAGAGGGCAGAUUAAAAUGGAGAUCAAGACGCCACAGUGUUUUAGUUCUUCAAACGGUUCAUUAUGAUUUGAGACCGGAUCAGAGGGCAUGUUCUUAGUCUUACUCAUCAUAUUAUCUAUCAUAGAGGGAAUGCAACUUCUCACAAUAGCAUCACAGUCAGAACUGUUUUGAUUACUUUGUUAAUAAAUUACUCUAGACCAAAGAGGUAGUUUCAUAAUCCUGGGAUCUGUCAAGAUGGAAGAAUCAAAAACCUGGAAUCAUUUAUUCAUCCGCAUGUCGUUGCAGAUCUGUAUGUCUUUCAUUUUGAAGCAUGUUGCCACUGCUCUCUUUUCCAUAAAAUGAUAGGGAAUGGGGACUGGCAAGAAGGAAUGUGAUAUUGUUUUGGAAUAACAUGAGGAUACGGAGCCACUUAGAAAACAGGAAGGGAAUUUAUAAUAGUGCCGAGUUCUCUCACAAAACGUUUUGCGUUCCAGCACAAUUAUUUUGUGUUCCCUCGCAAUAACUUUGGCAUUCCCUCGGCUCGCAGUAGGUUUUGCAUUACCUUGCAAUUAAUUUUUAUUCCCUCGCAAUAAAUUUAGCAUUUUUGUAUUGCAUUCUCUCGCAAUAGUGUGUCCCCCAUAAUUAUUUUGACUUCCCAGCUCACAUGAAGUUUUGUUUAUUUGCAAUUAUUUAGCAUUCCCUCAAUAAGGUUUGCGUUCGUUUUCCAUUCCCUUGUGAUUAUUUUACACUCCCUUGCAAUAUGUUUUGCCUUAACUUGCAGUAAGAGUUGCAUCUUUUGCAGUUAUUUUGCAUUCCCCCACAAUUAUUUUGCAUUCUCUCGCAAUAAGUUUUGCGUUCCCUUGUAGGAACUUUUGCAUCCCUCGUAAUUAUUUUGUGUUCCCUCUCAAUAAGUUUUUCUACCCUCGUAGGAACUUUUGCAUCCCUCGUAAUUAUUUUGUGUUCCCUUGUAGGAACUUUUGCAUCCCUCGUAAUUAUUUUGCGUUCAUUUGUAGGAACUUUUGCAUCCCUCGUAGGAAGUUUUGCUUCCCUCGUAGGAAGUUUUGCAUCCCUCGUAAUUAUUUUGCGUUCCCUCUCAAUAAGUUUUGUGUUCCCUCGUAGGAACUUUUGCAUCCCUCGUAAUUAUUUUGCGUUCCCUUGUAGGAACUUUUGCAUCCCUCGUAAUUAUUUUGCGUUCCCUUGUAGGAACUUUUGCAUCCCUCGUAAUUAUUUUGCGUUCCCUCGUAGGAAGUUUUGCUUCCCUCGUAGGAAGUUUUGCUUCCCUUGCAAUAGCUUAAUCCAUUCCUUGUGAGAAUUAAACUUGGUUUUACUACAGUAACUUUAGUUCAACCAUGGUAUUUGUAGGAAAACCAUUGUAUCCACAAUAUUUACCAUGGCUUUACUUAAGCAACCAGAUUUAAACCAUGAUAUUUGUGGAAAAAACAUAUUAAUUUUAAAGGACAAUAAAAAGUAUCAUCAUAAAAAUUAUGAUCAUUCUGCCAAAUAAAACAAGGUUAGUUUAACUAUAGUAACACAAUGGUUCAUUUGUGGUUGCUGUAGUGUAACCAGAUGGAAACCAGGUUUAAAAACCAUAGUGCUUUAACCAUGGUGUUGCUAUACUGUAGUUGAACAUCAAUAACCAUGUUUAUUUUGUUGUUUAUAAUGUAUUAUUUAUUUAUUGGACAGACUAAAAUUGCGAUCAUAACCUAAUUUUACUAACCAUGGUUAAUUUGUGGUAAACAAACAAACAAACAAAAAACAUGGACAAGUCACCAUAGUAAUUAUAGCACAACCAUGCUUUAUUUUUGUACAUGCAAAGUGUUUUUUUGUGUGAAAACAGUUGUUUUAAAAACCAUGGUACCACAAAUUAUCCAUGGUGUUACUAUAGUUAAACUUUAGUAACUGUGUCUUUUUGGCAGAAUUGUUUUUUUAUUACCAUAGUUUUGUUUUUCUGUAUUAUUUCUAUGGGCUUACAUGAAAUAACAUGGUUAAACUAUGAUUACUUGGUAUAUUAUGUGAUGGAUAAUUCUAUUGCAAAAUAAAAUAACAUUCCUUCCCUGUCUUCAAGGGGUUCUUUAUGAGGGUGAGUUAAUGAUGAUGAGUUAAUCCUUUUCUUAAAGCAUUAUACUUAAAAAAAUUUAAAAAAUGUACAUCGUCUUUUGUGUAGUGUUGUUUUACAGGUCAGCUCUCUUGUAAGCGUUCAGACUAUGAGUAGAGAUAAGUGCAUCUGGUUUGUUUGCUUACAGUGAGCAUUUCCUCAUAGCCAAAGGAGAAUGGCAGCGAUCACAUGAGCAAAUUGUGCUUUGUGUUCACUCCUACACUCUUGAGUGUUCAACCACACCUCCUUGACUUUUCUUCUCAUUCUUAUGUUUUGAAAAGUUAAGAAACUAAGCUUCAGUUACCUUUUUUUUAUUGAACAUGAAAGCACUCUUUUGCACUAUUAAGAUAUCAAUAUAAAAGGGGUCUUUUAUUGAAGCAGCAGAUAAUCAUCUUUCAUUGUUGCCAGGAUCUUUAUAUACUGAACCCAAUUUCAAGGGAAUGUAAACAAUAUGCUUGCCUUGUAUAAGAAGAUUGCAAACCUGUAUUUAAAAAAUGAAAAGUUUACUGUACGGCUAGUCUUAAGUGACAUACAUUUUAGACUGUAAUCUGUGAAUUUGUGACUGACAUUUUUUUUCUACCAAAAACAGACCAAAGGAAUGUUUCAUUAGAUCACUAAGGCAUUGUAUGAGUAAAUAUUUUUACGUUUGAUAUGUUAAAAUCAAGGAUGUAUAUUAAAUGCUCGUUUUUACAGUUGAAGUCAGAAGUUUACAUACAGCUUAGCCAAAUACAUUUAAACUCACAAUUCUCACGUAUUUCACAAUUCCCUGUGUUAGGUCAGUUAGGAUCAUUACUUUAUUUUAAGAAUGUGAAAUGUCAGAAUAAUAAUAGAGAGAAUGAUUUAUUUCAGCUUUAAUUUCUUUCAUCACAUUCCCAGUGGGUCAGAAGUUUACAUGAACUUUGUUAGUAUUUGAUAGCUUUGCCUUUAAAUUGUUUAACUUUUCACAAACAUUUUGGGGAUCCUUUGGGGAUCCUAACUAUUAUUAGUUGCUGGAAUUUUGUCCCAUUCCUCGAGACAGAACUGAUGUAACUGAGUCAGGUUUGUAGGCCUCCUUGAUUGCACACGCUUUUUCAGUUCUGCCCACAAAUUAUCUCGGAAUGAGGUCAGGGCUUUGUGAUGGCCACUCCAAUACCUUGACUUUGUUGUCCUUAAGCCAUUUUGCCACAACUUUGGAGGUAUGCUUGAGGUCAUUGUCCAUUUGGAAGACCCAUUUGCGACCAAGCUUUAACUUCCUGGCUGAUGUCUUGAGAUGUUGCUUCAAUAUACCCAAAUAAUUUUCCUUCCUCAUGAUGCCAUCUAUUUUGUGAAGUGCACCAGUCCCUCCUGCAGCAAAGCACCCCCACAACAUGAUGCUGCCACCCCCAUACUUCACAGUUGGGAUUGUGUUCUUCAGCUGGCAAGCCUCACCCUUUCUCCUCCAAAAAUAAUGAUGACUAUUAUGGCCAAACAGUAGCAUUUUUGUUUCAUUAGACCAGAGGACAUUUCCCCAAAAAGUAAGAUCUUUGUCCCCAAACUGUAUUCUGGCUUUUUUAUGGCGGUUUUGGAGCAGCGGCUUCUUCCUUGCUGAGCAGCCUUUCAGGUUAUGUUGAUAUAAGACUCAUUUUACUGUGGAUAUAGAUCCUUGUCCACCUGUUUCCUCCAGCAUCUUCACAAGGUCCUUUGCUGUUGUUCUGGGAUUGAUUUGCACAUUUCACACCAAACUAUGUUAAUCUCUAGGAGACGGAUUGUGUAUCCUUCCUGAGCGGUAUGAUGGCUGUGUGGUCCAAUGGUGUUUAUACUUGCGUACUAUUGAUUGUACAGAUGAACGUGGUACCUUCAGGUGUUUGGAAAUUGCUCCCAAGGAUAAACUAGAUUUGUGGAGGUCCACAAUUUCUUUUCUGAGGUCUUGGCUGGUUUCUUUUGAUUUUCCCAUGAUGUCAAGCAAAUUGACAGGUAGUUUGAAGGUAGGCUUAAAAUACAUCCACAGACACACCUUCAAUUCAGUACACCUCCUAUCAGAAGCUAAUUGCCUAAAGGCUUGAAAUCAUUUUCUGGAAUUUUCUAAGCUGCUUAUUGGCACAGUUAACUUAGUGUAUGUAAAUUUCUGACCCACUGGAAUUGUGAUAUAGUCAAUUUAAAUUGAAACAAUCUGUCUGUAAACAAUUAUUGGAAAAAUUACUCGUGGCAUGCACAAAGUAGAUGUCCUAAACGACUUGCCAAAUCUAUAGUUUGCUAAUAUUACAUCUGUGGUGUGGUUAAAAAAUGUAUUUUAAUGACUUCAACCUAAGUGUAUGUAAACUUCUGACUUCAACUGUACAUGUGAAGUCUUGAGGCUUGUUAUAUUUCCCUGAAGUUUUGUAAUGGCAUAAUGCUUCAUUACUCCUGAAAUUAUUAUUAU